AUGACAAAGCAGGUCUCUCUUGACCGGAGCAUUUUAUCGCUCUUCCCGGUUGCAUUGGCUUCUCUGCUUGUCCUCGGGGCUACCCGACUACUCCUGGACACGUUGAAGAGCAAUCAUAGCUUUGUGUUUCAGUUAUAUGGCAGGCCAAGAGGUCAAGGUGAGAGACCAGCAGUGAUUGUUUCCCCUGAGGACCGCAUUGAUGAAAGUUGCAAUGUUUUCGAAGGAAAAUGGGUGUGGAAUAACGAGUCAUAUCCUCCUCACUAUACAGAAGAGAGCUGUCCCUACUUGGUGAAACAAGUUACUUGCCAAAAGAAUGGUAGGCCUGAUUCAUACUACAAGAAUUGGAGAUGGCAACCCAACGACUGCAACCUCCCAAGGUUUGAUGCAUUGAAGCUACUGCAGAUUUUGAGGGGCAAAAGAUUGAUGUUUGUUGGAGACUCGGUACAGAGAGGCCAGUUUGAAUCAAUGGUGUGUAUGGUACAAUCUAUACUUCCUAAAGGAAAGAAAUCCCUCCAAAGGGUUCCACCCAGGAAGAUAUUCAAGAUCAAGGAGUUUGAUGCCUCCAUUGAGUACUACUGGGCUCCAUUCAUUGUGGAGUCGAUUUCGGAUCAUGCAACAAAGCAUACUGUACUGAAACGGCUGGUGAAACUCGACUCCAUAGCUAAGCACGGCAAGCACUGGGAAGGAGUAGAUAUUUUGGUGUUUGAGAGCUAUGUAUGGUGGAUGCACAAGCCUACAAUCAAUGCUACAUAUGGUUCUCCAAACGAUGUCCGAGAAUAUAAUGUCACUACUGCUUAUAAACUGGCAUUACAAACUUGGGCAGAAUGGUUAGAAUCAAGCAUAAACCCAGAAAGGCAAAAGGUGUUCUUCAUGAGUAUGUCUCCAACACAUCUAUGGAGCUGGGAAUGGAGGCCUGGAAGUGAUGAAAAUUGUUACAAUGAGUCCUAUCCAAUUCAAGGUUCAUAUUGGGGUACUGGUUCAAACACCAGGAUCAUGGAUAUUAUAAAUGACACACUACAGGAUUUGAAGGUUAAGGUUACAUUCUUGAAUAUUACACAACUAUCCGAGUACAGAAAAGAUGCACACACAUCAGUUUAUGGGGAACGCAAGGGCAAGCUCCUUACGAAGGAACAGAGAUCUGAUCCAAAAAACUUUGCUGAUUGCAUUCAUUGGUGCUUGCCAGGAGUUCCAGAUACAUGGAACGAAAUUUUGUACGCACAUUUGUUAAAGAGUCAUCAAAACUUUUAGCAACUUAGAAAUUAGCAGUCAAGUCUUUUAAACAAUAAGUGGUAGUAAUGCAAGAAAGAAAAAAGGGAGUGAGAUAUCCAACAUGACUUGUAUUAACUCA